CUUUGUGAGUCAUUUAAUUGGGUCACUUUGGGGCCAAUGCAAUAAAAUAAAUUCUAAAAAGUAUUUAUUUGCUCUUUAGUGUGAAGAACAGAAAAUCUAAUUUAUUACAAUAAUAUUUUUGGAUGAUGGACUUUGGUUGUAAUGUGUAGGCUAGUGUUGACUUAACUGGACAUGUUAACAUUCAGACUCACUCUCACACAUAACAACCUGGACGGCUUUGAUUUCUCCCACCAAACGUUACCCUCUGAAACGACAGGCAGACGGACAGACGGCAGGACGGAUACACGGGUGGGGGCUGUGCUAGGCGGCUCGGCGGCAGGCUGGUGGAAGAUGUCGUCAGGAGCCGGCGGGAGGGGUGGAAGGCGGCUCAGGGGGACAGCAAGCAGUGGCGGCGGAGGAGGGAGAGGAGGGGCAGGAGAAGCAGAGGAAGGCCCUGUGGGGAUCCCGUUCCCUGAGCACAGCGCAGACAUCCUGGGCAGCCUGAACAAGCAGCGGCUCAGCGGCCUGCUGUGCGAUGUGCUCCUGGUUACUCAGGAACGGGAGUUCCCAGCUCACCGCUCCGUCCUGGCAUCCUGCAGCACCUACUUCCACAAGCUCUUCACUUCAGGGGCCGCCGCUGACCAACAAAACAUCUACAACAUCGACUUUGUGGCGGCAGAGGCUCUGGGAGCAUUGCUGGACUUUGCCUACACAGCCACGUUGACAGUCAGUCACAGCAGUGUGGCUGACAUCCUUGCCGCUGCACACCUCCUGGAAAUCCCACCUGUCCAGGACGUCUGUACACACCUGCUGGACACCAAAGUGCUCUCCCCGCCGGCGGGCAGUGAGCGAAGAGAUGAAGAUGAAGAUGAGGACGGGAAGGGCAGAGGAGGCAGGGAGCAGGGGAACCGGGUGCGGGCCCGGGAGUACCUGGAGUACUUCCAGAGAGGAGCGCACUGGAGCAGCAGCUGCAGCACGCCAGAGCUCAGGGACCUGCCCACACACCUGCACUUUAACCAUGGUAAUGGGGGGGCCCCCAGCAACGGGGCUCCUGCUGGCCCUGGUGAGUACUACUCCCCCCUCGCCCUCGCCUUGGCCCAGGCCCCCACGCAGGAGCCAGAGGAUGAGGAUGAGGAUGAAGAGGAAGAUGAGGACGGGGACGCGGUGCAGGGAAAUGGAGCAAGCCUGGGGUCAUCUUACUACCCUCCAUCCCAAAACGGGCACUUCUACCUCCCCCCUGAGUCCAGGCUGGGGCAGGACACAGAGGUGGACGAUGGAAGCAGGGAGGCAAUGGCGAGGGAGAGGGGUUCCGCCAGCGCCCUCCUGCAGCAAAUGAUGGACUCCAUCGAGAGGCAGAAGGAGCGCGCAACAACAGGGGAGGAACAGGGAGAUGGGGAUGACCCCGACAUGGAAUUUUACUUGAAUUAUUUUAACAGCACGCAGCACGAGGAUCCAGCUUCGGCUGCUGUGACACAGGGAGUGCCGCCGCUCUGGUUAUCACGGGGCAGAACAGGCCAAGACAGAGUAGGCGGAGGAGGAGAGAGGGUGGUGGGGGAGCGAGGCAGCGGGGGUGGAGCGGGAGGAGGUGGAGGCGAGAGGAAGAUGCGCUCUAAGGCCUUCCAGAAAUGCCCCAUAUGCUCCAAGGUCAUUCAAGGAGCAGGCAAGCUACCCCGCCACAUCCGAACGCACACGGGGGAGAAACCUUAUGAAUGCGCCAUCUGCAAAGUGCGCUUUACCAGGCAGGACAAGCUCAAGGUUCAUAUGCGGAAGCAUACAGGAGAGAAGCCUUACCUGUGUACGCAAUGUGGAGCCGCCUUUGCUCACAACUACGACCUGAAGAACCACAUGCGCGUACACACCGGCCUGCGCCCCUAUCAGUGCUCAAGCUGCUUUAAGACUUUCGUGCGCUCGGAUCACCUGCACCGCCACCUUAAGAAGGACGGCUGCAACGGCAUCCCCUCUCGUCGGGGCCGAAAGCCUCGGGUGCGAGAGCCGGGGCUCCUCGACGCCCCCCUGGGCCUGCUGAGCCCCAGCUCCGACACAGGCCCUGGGCCUCGCACCAUCAGGGGACGGCGGCGCUCGGAGGCGUCCUCAGCAGCAGAGGUAGAGGGGGCUGCCGGAGCCCAUGCACACAGUCCUCAGCUGCAGGAGCUGGCGGGGGAGGCAGGGCCCUGAGACUGCAGGGGCGACAAGGACACUGCUGGACACCAUAGUCACUCUGCACCGCCUGUGAGACAGGCCAGUGAACAGAGAGGAGAAAAAACAUGCAAAGGCAAACUUUAAAAAAACAAAAAACAAAACAACUAACUAUUCCUCUAUAAACCAAAUCAGGGUGUCACAAAAAAUCUAAUCUUUAUAUUUCUUUCUCCUUUUACUUUAGGAAAUGGAGUAGACAUGCAAGCACUUGAGUCGGUUUAUCUGUUUAAAGAGCAAAGAACGCUUCAAAUCAUGCACCCAUGACGUCCACUUUCUGGGCCAUUUCUUUCUUUAUAAUGUUAAGGGUUUUAUACAUUGGCAUAUGUGCUUAGGCAAAUGUAUGAUAGAUACAAAGAAACUCAAAGCAACUAUGCAGUUGAUUUAGAUUUUUAUUGGUUUUGUCCUCACAGCCUUCAAGCUCUAAGCAAGGUGUCUAUCAAGCACCUUCUGGCUGCUGUACGGGUGAAGCGAGGACAAAUCCUCCCAGUGAAAACAACUCUUUUUCUAUUCUUUUGCAGGUCUGAAAUGUACAGUUACCAUAGAAACACCAUUGCCACAAUAUGGCAUAUGCAAGGAAAACUCACCACAAUUUUGAUGCAACAGUUUUUUCUCUCUAAAUGUUCCAGAAAGAAUCAGACAAGGGUUUGAUUGAAGUGGUACUUACUCUAUAAAAUGCAUUUUAAGAAUCUAUGGUUUGUCUUAUUGAAAAAAACCCAACAAAUUCAUGUAGAGUCAAAUCCACUUUAACGGGGGCUCUUCAAUUGCAGGACUAGGGAAUAUGAGGGGUGGAGGGUUUGUGUUUCUAAAGCACUACCAUUGUCAAUGUAUCUGUUGGCUUGACUAAGUUGCCUCUUAUCCCUCACGACCCUGCAAUUUCAGCAUUUCUGUUUUCCCUUUUGAUUUUGUCUUAAUUUUUUUUUUGUCGUUCCUUUUUGUUGACUGCUUCGGGUACUUGACACUUUAUAAUUGUAUACAUGUAUAUACAGCAGGUGGUGAUAUGACAUUAGUCCCCUCUUAAUGCUGAGGUGUACUUACCAAUCGGGUUUUUUCCUCUUAGGCUUGAUGUCAUAUUUCUCACAGAGUGAAGCUCGUGGGUGAACGAAAAAAACCUGUAUGAAUGUUUGAUGACAAAAAAAAAAAAAAAAGCAUUGAGUCACCCAUUUUGUCCUAAACUUAACACUUGACUUGUAUAGUUCCUGCCCAAAGGAUGAGGAGGUAGAAUGAAUGAAUGUGCUUAACUUUGUGCAGUUUUUUCGGAUUCUGUCCUUGUGUGACAAGGCGCGGGUAGCAUUUAACCAACAGCAGGUUAAAGGAAUGGCAGGGAGCCUGAGUGAGAGAAUGACAAAGAGUACGAAGAAGAGAUAGAUGAGCACCUUUUUUUCUAUAUUUGCACAGCUUUACUAAAGAUAUCCAACAGAGCGAGAGAGAGAGGUAUAUUUAAAGGAAGUGGGCUGGUGUUGGGGAGGGAGUGAGAGGAGGUUUAUGUAUCAUGCUUAUUCCAAUCUUUUUUGCCCUAGGGACCACACAACCGUGAGGCAACCUGUAUGAUGAAGAGAGCAAUAAAUACCUGUCCAAGUUGGGAGGCCAAAUAGGAGCGCAGCUGCAGCUGGUUGAUGGGGGAGGGGAGCAAGGGAAGGGGAGGGGGAUCUCACAAUGUCUGUUGCAUUCCAAAAAAUAAUCUCCCCCAGCUCAGCCACGUUUCUAGGCAGGAGGGGAUCAAAUCAGGCCUUUUCUCUCCCUCACUCUCCCUCUGUAGUCCUCUAAUGCCCCCGAACUAGCCUGGAGGGGAUAUUAUUAUAUUAGAGCCUGGUGUUACUGUGGGUAGGACGCCUGGUGCUGGCAGUUUAGUGUGUGAGUGUGUUUAUAUGUACGUGUGUUUGUGUACAUGUGUGUGUGCGUGGCAGCCAGGGUCGCUCUGGCCACAUCAUCACUGAGUGAGUCAGCCGCAGCCUGUUCAAACAUGCACCCUGAGCUGCCAGCCCCAAUGCACUUUCUCUGUCUCUCACACACAUGCUCACACACACAUAUACACACACACACACACACACACACUCCACUCACUGGGUCCAGGUAUCCUGUAGAGAAUGGGAAAACACCAGGGCUGACAUAUCUGUUUGACUAUUGUAAGUGACUCCAUACAUCUGGAUUUGUUAGUCUUAAAAUAUCCAAGUUAUGUUAUUGUACUCCAAAUUCAAUGCUAUUUUCCAAAAGAGCACAUCGAGCCUUUGAGUCAGGAAGAGAACAUGCAUGUGAUUUAGAGCCCCCCCCCCCCCCGCUUUCACCCCACCCUGUAAUUUCUGCAGUGGUGCUGUAGUUCAACUAUCAGUCCUUUGCACCUUAAUUGGAAAGAGACAGGUUAUGAAUGCACUUUGUUACUGAGGAGGGCACUUUUGUCAGCGAAACGGGUACUUUGAAACAAACCAGUUGCAAAUGAGAUCAGUCCUUUCUUCUGUCCACGGCGGUGAAGUCGAGCUCCUUCACUGGUUUUGUUCAGGUUUUGACGACAAGCUGCCAAAAAAAACACACGUUCAGAUCUCUCAAAGAGACGCCGGGUAGGCUCGGAUACAAACACGUUGGGUUGUGUGACCUUAAGAGGAGACACAAAUAAUCCAUGUAACUGAUUGCACUUGAAAUGUCGUGAGUUGUCUUUAUGUCUUAAUGCAAAGGAAGGGGCUGGAAGGAGGUGGCAGACAAAGAAGAAAGGACACUGCGUGCGUUUAUGCAUGCAUACUUUUUUUUUUUCGUGUCGUGCAUGUGCACAAGCAUGUGUCGUUGGCUGGCAGGCUGGAGGGUCUCAGGACAAGCUUGGAUAAACAAACUUUGUGUCGGCCCCAUCUGUUCACCAGCUACUCUCCUAACUACACGUGUUCUCCGAGGAACCGCAGUGAUAAUAGGUCCACGGUACCGCAGAAGCAAAAAUACCGUAUUGUUGAACAACUCAUUGGACAGUUGCUUGUUUACUUCAUGGCUCUCUUGGUGCAGAUUUGCAUAACUCUUUGUUUACCCUGGUUGGUCAUUGUCAGGGGUUGGCUAGGUCUUGGGAGUUUUAGUUUCUAUUUUUGCUCCUCUGUUAUGACAGAGAUGGGGUUUAUUAAUGCACAGUUCGACUCCCACAGGCAGACCAAUACAGGCUGUGAUCUUUAUGUUGUGGUAUGUUGGUGUGGACCGCUUAAACCAAUUUUGUCUUGAUGUGGCAGGAGGUGAAACCUGUUAGCCACCUUAAAUAUGUUUCUUUGGACCUUUUGAUAUUUCCCCAAAAGUCUUAUGUUGUUUGUUGAUUAACCAAAGCUUUUUUGCCCUCGAUCUUAGUCUGCUGUCUACGAGAGAUAUUGAAAGUUUGUCUAUAAUUUAUCCAGACUGGGCCUCCCUGACUACGCCACACACAGAUGCCCUCCUCUUGAAUACAUAUGCAGAAAUGUGUGUGAAAUCAUACAGAUAUUUACUUGAGUUUGCUUUCUCUCGCUCUUUGUAUCCUUGUGGACGAUAGAAUCAGAGGUUUAAGGAUGUAUAGUUUUUUUGUCUGUCUACACUUGUUUUUUUUUUCUUCUUAAAAUAACGUGUUGUGCUACAUUUUUUUCUAACAAUUUUACAUGGCUGUGCGUGCGUGUGUGUGCGUAUGUGUGUGUGCGUGUGUGUGUGUGUGUGUGUGUGUGUGUGUGUGUGGGUUGGGGUCAUGGUUUUGGGUUGCUGUGCCAGGAGGGUGGGGUAAAUGGGUGCUUGGGUGGGGUUAUGGAUAUAAAGCCUGAUAGCACUGGAAAUGGUGCUUUAGCUGAGAGAGCAAAAGUUUGCACUAAUGUUAAAUGUCCUUGUCCUGCUUAUGGGAGAAGGGCAGGAGACCUCAGAAAGGCCUGCAAGUUUCCAUGAGCACAGAGCAGUGUGGUUAAUACUCAACGGUCUCACAACGAGUCCAUCCAACCCCUCCGUAGAAAUAAUCAUGUACAGUAUAUUAAGAAAUAUACAGACGUCCAACUACAACGACAAAUACCAAAGGAAAAGAAAUGGCUUGCAUUCAAGUCAUUGGACAUUUUAAGCUACCAAUCUCAUGUUGGAUUAAUAGAGUUUUAUUGUUGAAUCUGAAGGCUCUUAAAAAGAGAACUUUUAAUGGACACUAGAUGUGUGAUGACAGCAAAUCAUAUUUGCUCUUUAUAUUAAGAAAUAUUCCAAAUAUACAACAUUUAGACACUUAGAAAGUAGCAAAGCCUCUCCGAAAACAUUUGAAAUAUUUGAGUUGGUCUGAUGGCUGAGAUGUUCUGUGUGCAGGUGCCAGAGAUAUUGAAUCCAGUUCUUUUUAAAAAAUUUGAGAUUGGAUUGUAUCAGCAUUUGUCUCAUGAAGUUGAAAUGAUUAUGAAAAACAUUGUUAUUGUUGAACACUGUUAUUUUGACCAUUGCUAAACUGGAUGAUUUCAGUUUCUGAAUAGAUUUAAAUGUUCUCGAGCUGAAGCAGACUGGGACUCUGUGGCCUUGUCUGAGCAGCACUAAGCUUUUUUUGCUUUUCUUUUCUUUUUUUUUUUAUUGUUUCCAAACAGUUGUAUUUUGCAGUGUGGGGCCGAGGCUCACUCCCACCAGGUGGACAAUGCAUCGAGGGCCACAGUGUGCCUUACGGACUGACAAAACUCCAUACUUCUUUGUCUGUUUUUUUUUCUUCCCAUAUUUAAAAAAAAAAAAAAAAAUUCAAAAGCUGAUUGGCUUGGUACUGAAAUUAGUCACUCAUCUGUUUAAGCUUUACUUGAAUUAAUUUAUAACAAUGUUUCCGUACAAGCCACCACUUUAGAGCUUUGCCUCUAUGGUUCCACUACUGGUGCGUCCGCAGCCUCAGCCCCACACCAAGGUUACUCUGACACAGGCUACACUGAGACAGUCUCAGAACUUCAUUGCAAGUGUUUUUCCAAAUUGACCUUGAUAUGUUUUUACCCUGUGCUGUUAUCAAAGAGUUUUGGUGAAUCUAUCUGAGAAGGCCAUAAAACAAAGACGACCAACAACGAUGAUAACAAUUAUUAUAACUGUAAAUAAUCAAGCGAAGCAGGACGAGGUGACUGUUAAUAUUGAGAUUGCAGACGGGGGACUAUUCGCUUUGCUUCGUCAUUUUCCCGCACACCUGAUUUUUUUUCGUGUGUGUUUUCCAUCAGGCUCUUGGUGCACAGCAAGCUGAGCGCAGCAUAUGCAGUACGGCACAAUGCGCAGCGUGGCUCUGGCACUUACACAGACAGCCCUGGGUCCUUCAGAGAGGCAGGCUGCUGUCUGUUGGCUGCUCUCAGCCAAGUGGGGACAGUUUGCACUUGGAGUCUCUGUCAGUCUCUGGGGAUGCAAAGGUUGGCAUACAGGGAGGAGGAUUAAAUACGGGUGGUAGGGGAAAGCUGGAUGUUGUUUUUCAGGGAUGAGGUUAGAAAGCCCAGGUGAUGGACUGUUUGCUGAGCGGUGGCUCAGUGCUGGUCCUUUAAGCUGGUAGGAAUUGCAUGGCCACAAUAUGAUAAGAAUUGUAACACAAAGGAGGUCACCGCAGACUUCACAUUGGGGAAACAGCAACAAUGAGAAUGUUGCUGAUCUCUUUUGUCUCUAUGUAAGUACUACUCAGGUGGAAAAUACACUGCUAUGCAUUGGGUUUCAAUGUAAGUUUAUGGUAUGUCUAAUCACCCGCCAAGUUCUCUGUAUUUGCCUUUUCUUGUUCGUACCGAUAUUUAACAUAAUAGUUCCCAGAAAGAUAAAAGCAGGAACAGUUCCCUCAUUGUAAAGUGGCUGUGACCAGCCUAUUUCUCCAUCUAAUAUUGAUCCAGUGAAUUGUUUGUUGGAGGGAAGGAAGCCACUGGAGAUUCAGUCUUAUUAGUCAGGCUGUAACAUUUUUGAAAGGAGAUGGGGUUGGAAAAGCACGGGGGGAGGGUAGGGGUGGGGGCGUAUGUUCUCUUACUCUCUUCUCCCAUCGCUCUCCCUCUCUCCGGACUCAGAGUCUACAUCUUUGCUGCCGACUGGCCUUUGAUCAAAGAUCACACACCCUCAGCAGGGGAAUCGACAGGAGAGAAAGGAGGGAGAGGGGAUUGGAUGAGGUGCGGAGGAAGAGACAGUUUCAGUUUUCAGUCACCUAAAACCAAUUUAGGAUACAUUCCAUAACUUCAUACUGUGAUUCCCACUUUGGAGUUUUUGGCAGGUGUAAAGGAUGUGUGUUGCAGACAGUAGCGGGAGACGGUCAGCGUUUUGCAGUUGGCCGUUUCCGUCGUCACUCUGCCUCGCCUCACUAUCCCUCCGCUGUACGACAGACAGACAGGUUUAAAGGCCCCCCGGUGCACCGCUAUCCAACUGCCUUUUUUUUUCAGCUUCUGCGAUUGUAACAAAAGCACUUUGCGAAAGGCCAUCCUGAAUUUUGUGUGCUUUUAUUUUAUGGUUAUCACUAUUGUUAUUGUUUUUGUUGUUCCUGUUGAUGUUUUUUUUUUUCUCAGUGCAAAUUAUUAUUUAAAUGCAAAAAACCAAUUUGAUGAAAAUGAAAAAAAAAAAAAUUAAAAACUUGAAUAUUUGGUAUCUGGA